GGACACGCCCCAGGCGGGUGCCCAGGGGCGGGGAUUCUGGGAGGCGCGGCCUAGGGGACACGGAGCAGCUGGGGUGGGUGACUGAGCCCCCGGGCUGCCCCUCCCCAGCCGCCGCAGUGACCCCCAGGGCCCGGCCCGGGGGAGGGGGCAGGGUGAGCCGCGGCCAGACGCCCUCCCCCCUUGCAGAGGCCACGGCCCGCAACGGGGAGACGGGUGCGGGAGACCCCGCGCGCGGAGGAGGACGGUGGGCGGCAGGCGCUGGCUCCGCAGCCGCACGCCCCGCUCGGGUCCCGCGUGCCCACGACCACCCGCUCCAUCCAGGCGCCGGCGGAGGCUUCCCGCGCACCGCGGGGGCGGAUGUCGGGCCGCGGCUGGCGGCGGCGGCGAGGGGACUCAGGGCGGGGAGGGUGGACCCGGGUGGGGGUGGCUUCUGCGCCCGCUGAAACCCCCACCCCAGCCAGGGCCCGCCGCCCCGUCACCCCGCCCACGCCCAUUUGUGGCGCCCUCGGGAUGCGCAGAGGCCCUCGGCGGAAGGGCUGUGGGGUCCGGGUGGGACCCCAGCCCGGCCGUGCGCGCCCCGAGGCUGGGGCUGGGUGUGACUGGCCUCGCGGUGCCCGCGCUCGGGGCCGCUGGGUGAGUGCGCGGGUGCGCGUGACCUGCGGGCUGCGGGCAGGUGUGCGGGGCGCUGCGUGGCUCUGCGCGUCAGUCGCGGCUGGGUGUGCUCGGGCUUGGUCUUCCUGCGAGCGAGACGCGGCGAGGCGCCCGCUGUCUCCGGCGUGGGCCUGGGCCGGUCCUUCAGGCUGGGGGCGGUGACCCCUUCCCCCCAGGGGCCUGGGCAGGGCGGAGACCACGCCCAGAGAGCCCCAGGCCUGCGGGGAAGGGGCUCAGGACCCCAUUCCCGGCCUUCCUCCCCUCCUCCAAGAACACCCCACCCUGGUCCCCCAAGCUGGGCCCAGACCCUCCCCCGCCCUCUGGGCAGAGCUUUUGACACAUUUUAGGAGGUAGAAGCACUCUUAUUUGUUUUCUUGAAGAUGGAGCCUCCACUCCACCCCACUCGGGGUGCUGGGGUGGGGUGGGGGCUGGUCUGGGCCAAUCCCAGGCUUUUGGCCAGGAGCCCCCAGAUUCUGAGGUCUGAGUCCAUUUCACCUGCUGGCCAGGCCAGUUCCAGGACCAGCGGUGGGGACAGGGACCUGCACCUGUCAGGGCGCCACCUCCCCUAGAUCAGGUGCCCCCACCCACCCACCUGUGCGCUGGGGGAUCAGGCUGGCCCCAGCCCUGACUGCCCUCUCCGGAUGGGUGCAAGGCCAUCCACAGCUGGGGCCUACCCGCGCCUGGGGACAUGUGGCCUCCCUGAGCCUCUGGGAAGGGGCAGCGGAGAGAGGGGCGGUCCUUGAAGGACCUGGCCUCAGCUCCAGGGGUCCUGCCUUUGAAAGACUGCAGGUAGGUGGGCUCCGAGGACGCUGGCCAGUCCCCACCCAAGCAGGUGUGCCCUGACACCUGCUAGCCAGGGUGGGCUACCUCUGGCUGUCCAGACAGGAGGGGGCUCAGGCCCCACUCUGCAUCUCCUCCCCUCUGCACUCAGACCUGGACCUUCCCCACUUCCCCGCCCUACGGGCACACCCCGUCACCCCUCAUUAAGGUGUCAAGAGCAGAAGCCCCCGCCUUGCUUCCCUGAGCACACCUCCACCUGGAGGAGGGGCUUGUUUUUGUCCAGUUAACCUCUCCACAAGGACAGUGUCUUGGGAGUCACCCGGGUCCCCAGGUCCCUGCAGGGCCCAGUGCCCUCACCCUGGUGGGGUCAGUAAAUGUGACUCACGUCUGUAUGUCUCCAGAUUAUCUUCGCUGUGCAAGGGGGACCCCGCGGUGCCCCUGUGUGUGGGAACACGGGGUUCCUGUCCGCAGGACCCCGAAGGCUGUGGGACUCCCAGCCCCCACCCCACCCCGCCCCGCCUCAUCCAGGCUGGGCAGGCCCAGGGGUCCCCUCUGCCCAGAGGCCCCGGGGUGGGGGUGGGGGGGUUGUCGGGCCCAGGUGCGGGCUGCAGGGCCUGCCGGGGGUAACGAGAGCCUGGGGACCUGGGGGGGCACACCCCGGCCCGCGCACCGCCCCCAGCCCCUCCCAGAGUGCUUACCCGGAGACCCCCAGGCGGCGCCGCGGGCUGGGGCGGCCCCGGGCGGGGGAGCGCAGCGCGGCCUGGGCGUGUGAGCCGGGGGCAGUCCCGGAGGGGCCUCCCGGGUGCCGAGCGCGUCUCGGCGGGGCUGCGCGGGGUCCGCGGAGCGGCUGGGGGCGCGCGGCGCGGGCGCGCGCCGGGCGCGGGGGCGCUCCCGGCCGGGAUGAGCUCACCGCAGUCGCGCCGGGGCUGAGCGCCGAGCCGGGCGGCGGCUCCUCGGCGGUCCGGCCACCAUGCCGGGCCUGGACGCGUGCGAGCUGGGGGCGCAGCUGCUGGAGCUGCUCCGGCUGGCGCUGUGCGCCCGAGUCCUCCUGGCUGACAAGGACGGGGGGCAGCCGCCCCCGGAUGAGGCGCUGGAGGAGGCAGCUCUGGGGUACCACGCCCCGGGGCAGAGGAGCCUCCUGGAGAUCAGGCAGCUGGACCCCGACGACGAGAGCCUGACCAAGUACAAGCGGGCGCUGCUGGGGCCACCGCCGCCCGUCGUGGACCCGGGCCUGCCCCACGUGCAGGUGACACGGCUGACGCUGAUGUCCGAGGAGGCCCCCGGGCCCAUCACCAUGGACCUCACAGGGGACCUGGCUGUGCUGAAAAACCAGGUGUUUGUCCUCAAGGAGGGCGCUGAUUACAGAGUGAAGAUCACCUUCAAGGUCAACAAGGAGCUCGUCUGUGGCCUCAAGUGCCUGCACCACACCUACCGCCGGGGGCUGCGCGUGGACAGGGCCGUCCACAUGGUGGGCAGUUACGGCCCGAGGGCCCAGGAGUACGAGUUCGUGACCCCAGUGGAGGAGGCGCCGCGGGGCGUGCUGGUGCGGGGCUCCUACGUCGUCACCUCCCUGGUCACCGACGACGACAGGACGGCCCACCUGUCCUGGGAGUGGGGCCUCCACAUCUGCAAGGACUGGAAGGACUGAGCCCACCCUUGGGGCUGCCUCCCACGGGGACCCCAAGCCCUCCCCAGCCCCCUCCCUCAGUGACCGGACCCCCAGGCCCUCUGCCCACCUGGGACCCCCACCCCCAGCCGGCACCGUGUCUUCAAUGUCCAAUUAAACGUCUGUCUG